AAUUGAAACCAUCGGUCCUAUAAUGCUAGCGAGUACUAUUUUAUAACGUAACUCUAAGAGCAAUUUUAUCUUGAACAGAUCGUUCGAAACACAUGAAUUCACAAUUACGAUCAUUUCUCACAGAGUCACUGUCAUUGGCCGCCCACCCACUCCACUGAUCAAUCACACGCUACUGUCUCUCGCUCUAUUUCUCCCCUAAAAAUACACAAGACAAAUGCAUUAUUCAUUCGGUCCACUUACCAGUGUACAGAAAUAGAAAGAGAGAGUGAGAGCGGUGGCCUCGGGAGCUGGGUUGGCAAGGAUAAGAUAAGACGAAGGAAAGAAGAACAAAAAUGACAAAAACAGCCAGAGCAGUAGCAGAACUCCUAUAGCAGCAUCGCCAAAGAUCCACAUUCUCGGGUGUGUGGACCUGGGAGCAUUGAAGUAGAAGAGAUCUCAUUUUAAUUUUGUGGCCCUACUAAGGUUGUAACUAUGCAGACACCAAAGGCAAGAAACAACUCUACGGAAGCACCUCAAAAGAUCUCUCCACGGGUUGUACGUCAACUCAAGACAACUACGAUAGAGACUGCUCCUACAUCGUCAUCAAAUGGUGCAAGCAAGACGCCAAAAGAUAGAAGCCCAAAAGUCACUGAGCGCAAGUCACCCAGAAGCCCAGCAUCUGAGCUCCAGAAGAAGCAUCCAAGCAGGAUUUCUGAGUUGCAGUCCCAGAUUUCUCAACUUCAGGAGGAUCUAAAGAAGGCAAAAGACGAGCUGAGUUCUUCGGAGUCGUCAAAGAGGAAAGCCGAGGAAGAUGCAGAGGACUCCAAGAAGCAGCUUAUAUCUGUUUCUUCAGAGCUCGAAGAGUCCCAGAAGCAGCUUUUGGAGAUAUCCGCUGCAAAUGAGAUUCAGCAGCUAAAAGACCAACUCCAAUUGGUUGCUGAAUCUGACGCCGAACAAACAAAACGCCUAGAGUUAUCCAAUGAAGAGCUCCAAGCUGUGAAAGAAAAUCUAGCAGAAAGUCUCUCGCUUGUGGAAGACAUGAAAACACAGUUAAGUGAGUGCAAAGAAUCGGAAGCUCAGGCCCAAGAACUUGUUGGUGAGACCUUGCUGCAACUUGAAACUGCCAAAAUGACCAUUGAGACCCUCAGGUUGGAUGGUUUUAAAGCCAAGGAAGCUUACAAUUGCUUAUCUUCAGACUUGGAUCAAUCUAGGGCACGUGUGGAAUUUCUCGAAGGACUUAUUGGUGAUCUUAAUGCCAGUGGUGAUAACGAAAUUGAAUGUGAAAUUACAGAGGUUGAGAAAAAGAGAGGGAAAUCAAUGGAGCUUGAGGCGGAGCUUGCUUCUGUUAAGGCAGAGUUAAUAAGGUUAAGAACUGCAUUAGAAACUGCUGAGAUAAGAUAUCACGAAGAACAAAUUCAAAGCACGAUUCGAAUCAGAAGUGCUGAUGAAAUGGCUGAGAGGAUUAAGUCUGCAUCGAGUCUGAGAGAAACUGAAUUGGAGGAAGAAGUCAACAAAACAAAAGCUGAAAUUGAGGAACUUAAGGCUAAUUUGAUGGACAAGGAAACUGAAUUGCAAGGUAUUUCAGAGGAGAACGAGGCGCUCCAUAUGAAGCUUGGGAAGAACAUUCUGAGUCAGAGAGAAUUUGAACUGGAAAAAGAACUCAAGAAAUUGAAGGAAAAUGUCGAAGACUUGAAGGGAAAUUUGAUGGAUAAGGAGACCGAACUACAACAUAUAUCACAGGAGAAUGAGAUGUUGAAGUCUGAAAUUAAGGGGAGGGAAACAGACAAGGGAAAAGCGAACAAUGAGAUUUUUGUUGAAGUAGAAGCGGCUAGGGCUGCAGAGAGAGAGGCUCUCAUGAAACUAGGUUAUAUGACGGAGGAAGCAGAUAAGAGUAGCCGGAGGGCGGCAAGGGUGGCUGAGCAGCUGGCUGCAGCACAGGCGGUUACUUCAGAAAUGGAGACAGAGCUAAGGAGGCUGAAGGUGCAGUCUGACCAGUGGAGGAAGGCGGCAGAGGCAGCUGCAUCGAUUCUUUCGACGGGUAACAAUGGGAAUUUUGUGGGACGAGGAGGGAAGUAUGGUUCACCGGAAUCUGAAGACAAUGACGAUGAUUUGUUGAAGAAGAAAAAUGGGAAUGUGCUGAAGAAGUUUGGGGUUUUGUGGAAGAAGCCACAGCAGAAAUAAGUACAUGGGUAAGGAACUGCUGCUCGCCUACAUUGUCUUUUCUUGAGAAGAUUUGUGCUCAGCUAACAAAGCUUGACCUGUCGUAUAUUUGGUCUGGGGUUUGAUAAUCUUAUGGUUUUGCUGCCUUCGUGUUGUAUGUUGUGAUUUAAGUAUGGAUUCAAGAGAAACUCUGUUUGUACUUCUUAGUGUGUUGGUGUAUUGAAUCAGCUUCUGGGAUUACCAGUA